UUGGUGAUGUGAGGUAAUAAAUGGAUUUCUCACGUGACCCGUUUACGUGGAUAGGCACUUUCUUUACCACAAAAGUGGCGUAUUUGCUGGAAAUAACUUUAUAACGCAUCAAUGGUCAUUUUUACUAUGUCUUAUCUAAGCAGUAUGGCAUACUUAAAUUUAAUCAUGACAUUAAACUAAGUUUCAAAUUAUUGUUCAUUUUUCUUAAAAUGGGAAGGAUAUAAUAUGGAACAAUGCGUGACGACAAUUCUUCUGAACCUUCCCUGUCGCCUAGUGGCCAAACUGGGGUGAAGGACACCAGCGAGUAUCUCGUAAACGACAACAUGACUAUAUUUUACGUCGUCGCCAGCGUCACCGCAAUAUUCCUGAUUCUUCUCAUUUGCAUCUUUGUGAUGCUGUAUAAAAGUAGAAGAAAAGGCAGACGCCUACAAGACCUGUUCAGAUUGGAGCUUCAGAAUGACAUGGCCGCCUGUAAAUCCGCGCCCAUUUCCAGAAAGACCACCCCGACCGGCGAGAAGCGUCUGUCCUGUCCGAACGCCUACGGUUCAAUGGAAGACGGCGCCAUCGCUCGCUCAUCCACUUGUAGCAGUCUGCCACAGUUCGAGGCCGAGAACGUACAGCCUGUGGUCGGGGAGGUGCCAGCUUGCGAUGCCCAACAGUUCCACAGUUUCGUAGUCGGAAGCCAUCCCCAGCUCACUGGCCAAAAUGUGUUUGAUCCACGGGGCUCUCGAACUCCGUCUCCCCCGGCCGGCCCUAGUGCUCGGGGCCGGGUCUGGUUUACUGCCCUUCACGAGCCAGUCGCCGGCAAGCUACUUGUUACCUUGAUCAGAGUCAGAGGACUCAACGGUCGUUCGGAAGAAGAGAGUUCACGUGACCCGUUCGUUCGCGUAUUCCUGCUGCCUGACGAGCAUGCGCACCGCACUUCUCGCAUCCAGAGAAAAACUCUCAAUCCUGUCUACAAUGAAACAUACAGUUUUGACGUCAACGAAGACGAUAUACGGAAGCAGAGCUUACGUUUCUCUGUAUAUGACGUUGACAGACGCCGAUUACGUCACAGUCUGGGUCACGUGAUAGUUCCCCUCGAGGAGCUGGACCUAAUGUCGUCUGCUGCCAUGUGGAGAGACCUGGAGCCCGCCAUACAAGCUGCCCCUUCUGUUGGUGAGAUGAAUGUGGCGCUCACCUACCUGCCGCACAUGGAUCGCCUCAAAGUGACCAUCCUCCGGGUCCGCAACGUCCGUCUGUCUUCCGACACUGACACAGGGAUGUACGUCCGGCUCCAAGUAUGUUAUGGCAAAAAGCUUCUUAGAACUAAACAGACGCUCAUCCAGAUACCACGAGAGGAACUCGAUUUCAACGAGUCAUUUUCUUUCACAACAUCCAGCAAAAACAUCGAACAUUUUAACUUCUUGUUGACCUUGAUGCAGACGACUCGAGACGCGAAAUGCCCGGAUAUUGAGCUGGGUCACGUGGCACUAGGGUCGUUUAUGUAUGCGCGCGGCGACGGCCUAAUCCAUUGGCAGGAAAUGCUCGCGAAAACCAGAAACGUUGUCACCAAGUGGCACCAGUUGCAAAUACCCUUAUAGACUCAGGGAAACUUCCACUUGCCAACAUUUUGGAUGAAUUUAUUUUUUAAAUAUUUAUCACAAAAUUCAGUUUUACAUUUCAUUUUUAUUUCUAGCAUAACGUUAUAUUCAUCACUUUGGUAUGGUCUUACAGUACAACUGCCCCUUAUUUCUCGAAAUAUCUGAACACUAUUAUAACAGGGUCAAGCUAAGCUAACUAGUUUUGGUUUGCUUUAAUUUGUAUUAAAUUUAUUAGGUUUGUAGACUAAUGCCAACUACGAUUACGAUAGACUCAUUUUUAUUCAGUAAAAUCAAGAUUAAGUAAGUAAUAUGGGUCAAAGAAAUUUGGACCAGAAGUUUGCUUCAUGAUUUUUUCCAUCCAAGAUGUACAGUUUGACACCUGGGCACUCAUAUGUAUCUGUAAUUUUGUUUCAAGAAAAUCAAAGUUUCAUUUCACACUUCACAUCAGUGAACAUUCAGAACAAAUAUAUAGUUGGUAAGGGUCACUUAAACCUACGUCCUACGAGUAUGUGUCCUCAUGAAGUCCUUCAGUAUUUUUUGGUAAUUAUUGAUACCUGACUGAUUUGUCCAUUCCCGCAAUGCACGAUGCAAUUUGAAUUUAUCGGAAACUAUAAAGGGCCACAAUUCAAGCAAGGUGAUUUAAUCAGGUUGAAAAGGUUAUGGUUUCCAUUGUUUUCAAGUCACCUGAACGUGUGCUCUUUUGAUGAAACCAUCAAGCUUAUCUUGGAAUCAUUUUCAUUACCAUUUUUUAACAAACGUGUGAUUUUACCAAGCACUGAUUGUCCAGUUAAGUUUCAGUUAGUCUGCAGCCAAUAAGCUGUCCAAGGUUAUCUUUAAUUUACUCCAGAGCCAACGAGUUGUCCAAUAUUAUCUUUAAGUUACUCUAGAGCAAACAAGUUGUCCAAUAUUAUCUUUAAGUUACUCUAGAGCAAACAAGUUGUCCAAUAUUAUCUUUAAGUUACUCUAGAGCAAACAAGUUGUCCAAUAUUAUCUUUAAGUUACUCUACAGCAAACAAGUUGUCCAAUAUUAUCUUUAAGUUACUCUACAGCAAACAAGUUGUCCAAUGUAGUCUUUAAGUUACUCUAGAGCAAACAAGUUGUCCAAUGUAAUCUUUAAGUUACUCUAGAGCAAACAAGUUGUCCAAUGUUGUCCUUUAUAAACGGCAAUAUUGCCUCUAUUUUUAUGUCUCAUUUUCUUUCCGCAAUUUUUGAGGUUUAUGUGUUAAAUAAUACAUUUAAUAUUCUCAAUUUGAUAUCAACCAUCAUGCACGCUGAUUUGUGCGUAACUUGGUUGAUGUUUUCCUUUUUUGUUUAUUCCUUUUUUAAGUAAUUUCUAAAAAGUCUGUCUAUGAUACAAAAAUCGUUUAAAAAGCGUUAUAAUGUAACUAUAUAUGUUUUCAUUGUUUGUGUGUGUGUGUGUGUGUGUGUGUGUAAUCUAUAUUUCUGCUUUAUAUUUGUGUAAUGUGACGAUCAGUUGUUUAUGCUUAAGUCAAGAAUAUUUGUUUUGUUCUGUUCUGUUUAAUAUUGACUUUUAAAAUGGUUCAUUCACUAUCUAAGUUCAAAUGUGCAGCUAUUCAUGUAUAUAUCCUCGAAGGUCCAUGAUGACUUUCUGAAUCUGAAAAUGGGUGACGACAUCAAAUGGUAUUCGUCCAUUAUUAUUUCUGGGUUCGAAAUAUGUUGUGUUUGUAUUCCAUAAUACAAGUAUAUAAAGUAUUGUUUAAUGUGACAAACUGAACAAAUAUGCUCUGUGCAUCUGAUGAGGAUCGAACCCAUGACCGCUCGUUCAUGCAGAUACUCUACCACUGUGAACGAAUAACUUCUUUAUAAAUUUCUGUUUAACAAAGACAUGUUACGGUUGAGGCUGGGGUUAUAAGUAGCGGUUCUGAAGGAUCAUUCUUUUAUUAAUUUUACGUAGAUUAUCCGUGCCAUUGAACAUUUGUCGUUAUGAAUUAAACAUAAGAAAUCAG